GAAGACUGAUCCUUGGCCGGGGGUGAGAUUGGACUCUUCCCUUUUCCAUAAGAAGGGCUCAAAAGAGAAGGUUCAUCUCUUGCAAAUCUCAAAGCCAUGCCUCAGGGAUCAGUGUCAUUCAAGGAUGUGACUGUGGACUUCACCCAGGAGGAGUGGCAGCAGCUGGAUCCUGCUCAGAAGACCCUCUACAGAGAUGUCAUGUUGGAAAAUUAUUGCCACCUCAUCUCUGUUGGGUUUCACAUGACUAAGCCUGAUAUGAUCCGUAAGUUGGAACAAGGAGAAGAACUAUGGACAACAGAGAGAAUUUUUCCAAGUCAGAGCUACCUUGAAGAAGAUGGGAAAGCUGAAGAUGUUUUAGUGAAGUUCAAAGAAUACCAAGACAGGCAUUCUAGAUCAGUCAUAUUCAACCACAAAAGACUAAUUAAGGAAAGAAGUAAUAUUUUUGGGAAAACACUUACUAUAGGCAAGAACUGUAUUAUUUCAAAAACAACACUAUGUGAAUAUAAGCCUGAUGGAAAGGUUUUUAAAAAUAUUUCAGAAUUAGUCAGUAGAAGUAUAAGCCCUGGAAGAGAGAAGUUUGGUGAGAGUAAUGGAUGGGAGAAAUCACUCCUCAAUUCUAAGAAUGAGAAAAUUCAUACUACAGUGAAUCUCUAUAAACAAACAGAAAGGAGUGUGAGUGGUAAACAAGAGCUUAUUCAACAUCAGAAGGAUCAAACUCCAGAGCAAUCAUUAGAUCAUAAUGAAUGUGAAAAAUCCUUCCUUAUGAAAGGAAUGUUAUUUACACAUACUAGGGCUCACAGAGGAGAAAAAUCCCUUGAAUACAAUAAAGAUGGAAUAGCCCUAAUUGAAAAGUCAAAUCUCAGUGUCCAUUCACAAACUCUUAUUGAGAAGAAACCCCAUACAUACAGCAAAUAUGGGAAGUUCCUCUGCAGGAAGUCCAUUUUUAUCAUGCAUCAGAGAUCUCAAACAGAAGAGAAACCCUUUCAGUGUCCUUACUGUGGGAACAGCUUUAGAAGGAAGUCAUAUCUCAUUGAACAUCAACGAAUUCACACAGGUGAGAAACCUUAUGUUUGCAAUCAAUGUGGAAAAGCCUUCCGUCAAAAAACAGCCCUCACUCUUCAUGAGAAAACACAUAUAGAGGGGAAACCCUAUAUCUGUAUGGAUUGUGGGAAGUCCUUCCGCCAGAAGGCAACUCUCACUAGACAUCACAAAACACAUACAGGGGAGAAAGCCUAUGAAUGUACUCAGUGUGGAAGUGCUUUUAGAAAGAAGUCAUACCUCAUUGAUCAUCAGAGAACUCACACAGGAGAGAAACCAUAUCAAUGUAAUGAAUGUGGGAAGGCAUUUAUCCAGAAGACAACCCUCACUGUACAUCAGAGAACUCACACAGGAGAGAAACCCUAUAUUUGCAAUGAAUGUGGGAAGUCCUUCUGCCAAAAGACAACCCUCACUCUCCAUCAAAGAAUUCAUACAGGGGAAAAACCCUACAUUUGUAAUGAAUGUGGGAAGUCCUUCCGCCAGAAGGCAAUCCUCACUGUUCAUCAGAGGAUACAUACAGGAGAGAAAUCCAAUGGAUGUCCUCAGUGUGGGAAAGCCUUUAGUAGGAAAUCAAACCUCAUUCGCCACCAGAAAACUCACACAGGAGAGAAACCAUAUGAAUGUAAAGAAUGUGGGAAGUUCUUCAGUUGUAAGUCAAACCUCAUUGUACAUCAGAAAACUCACAAGGUAGAAACCAUGGGAAUUCAGUAA